AUGUCCGACGGGUGCGACAUAUCCGCGACGCGACAUCCUAAAUGUCGCAAAUUUAUUCCCAGGAAAUCCCCGGAAAAGGCUGGCGAAGCUCGCGACAGGAAACGACUUUUGCCGGGAAUAGUUUUAGGAUUUUUUUCAUCAGAACACGAAUAUUCUAAAAACAGAAGACGUUCUUUACCUAAAUCAUUAAUCCCAUUAUUAUAUAUUUCAUAUAUAUAUGGAAUAUUUUGA